AUGGAUGCGGGCCACGAUAUCUCCGCCCCAAUGUGGGUGGUGAGAGCCAUGGACAUCAUCCGCAUGUCGGGCACCCCGAAGCAUCACCAAGAGCUGAAGCAGAUGGGACUUCUGGUACGCCAUGAGCGUCACCACUUCACAAUUUUCGUGUCUCAUCAAUGGUUAGGAGGAGACCACCCCGACCCCCAUGGACUUCAAGUGGACGUUCUGCGUCAGGCCCUGAAGAACAUCAUUGAGGGCAACGUCCAGGCAGAGCUUGACGUAUUCACGCAGUUCUCGGGCAAGAACCGCAAGAUUUCCGCGAAAGAGCGAGUCCAAAUCAGGGACUCGUUGAUCUGGUUUGACUGGUUCUCCGUGCCGCAGAUGGUAUGCGCACAUCGGAACGAUCCGACAAUCCGGGCUGAACAGCUAAGUUCCAUCAGAUCCAUCCCGAGUUUCAUCCAGGCUUCUGACAUGUUCAUUGCUCUCGUGCCUCCUCUCCUGAGUCGUUCCACACGCAGCAUGGUUGGCUUUUCUAGCUGGUUGGUGCGCGGCUGGUGCAGGACGGAAAUGUGGUGCAAGCUCCUGGGCUCAGACACAGUCGAUGUGCCGAUCUUGAUCGUCUCGGCCGCAGACAAGCUGGAGUUCGUGGGUCCUUACAGCUGGGUGCAAGCAUUGGCGCAAAAUGAAGGCGACUUCGCUAUGGAAGGUGAUCGCCAUCUAUGUCGUAGCGUGGUUCAAGGCGCUUUGGAUUUGAAGCUCGCCCGACUGGCGCAGGACAAGAAGCAAAGAUCCUGGUUUAGGUACCUUGCAGCCAGGUAUGCGGACUUCAUCUGUGCGCCUGCUCCUUCACGCAACGCGGAGGACUUCGUGUCCCAUUUUCGUUUCUCCUCAAUGGAAGCUUGCGUGUCGACAAGAUCGGGAAUGGGUGCCGUGGCGUGUGCGGCACUGUCGGGAGAUAUAGCUAUGCUGCGCCGGCUGGUGAACAUGAAGGCGUCGCUGGAAGCGACGAAGAUCCCGGCCCUCUGGGAAGCGGCUCUACCACUGAACGCCAGCCCUCUGAUCAUGACCCUUACCCGUGGGAAUCGAGGAGAGGCUGCCGCAGAGGAGCUGUUGAAGCUCCGUGCAGAUGCAAACGCCGUGGAGGGCAACGGCGGAGCACCUGUUGCGUAUUGCACCACACCGAACUCGGUGGAUUUGCUCGUGGCGUACGGUGCAGACGUCAAUCUCCGCCUGGCUCCGACGAUGAUUUCGCCGCUUUGCGGUAUGUGUGCUCGGGGUGCCCCGCCGGCAACGGUGGCCGCGCUGCUGAAGCAUCGCGCAGAGGUGAACUUGAACGAAGGGGGUCUGGGGCAGAGCGCUCUGCAGUUCAUGAGCAUCUUUGCGAAUGGCAAUCUCCAUAGCGUCCAAGUCGCCCAGACGCUUCUUGAGGCCGCUGCAGAGGUCAACAAGCCGGCAAACAUAGGCCCAGUGUUUCGCAUUGUGGAGAUGGCCUCCAGGGGCGUGAAGCUUUGCACCAAGGAGCCACCACUUCUCGUGUCCUGGUUCGCAGAGAUGUCGACCACACCCUUGGGCGCGGCCUCCUUCUUCGGAUGUCCAGAGACACUCAGCUUUAAGGGUUUAGGGCAGUUUACGGCUUGGUGUUGA